CGACCGGAAAUUGUUGAGUUAUCAGAAGUGAAUAAGCCGAAUGUCAUCACGGAAAACUCGCAAUUCUCAGCCUCCAGAUUAGACUCCUAUGAAGAGGGUGGAUACGGUUUGUCGCAUGAAACGAACGCUAAAUCGAAAUCACAAACAGAAGAAACUUCGACUGAAGACAACAGCGCAUCUGAAACGAAAGCGAAAGCACAACGUGAGAUGGAGCGAUAUGGAAUGAAGAACGCAGUCAAGGUUCCAUCAACCAUCUGGACAAGUGAUAAGAUUAUACCACCAACUGGACCAGGAAGCCACAUGGGUCGAAGACGCAGGCCACGCGUCCAGCCACAUCCUCCAUCGGUGAGACCGCCACGUAAAAAACAAAGAAGACAAAAAACGAUCAAAGGAUCCAAAAAGAUUUUGUUAUCGUCGCUAUUUGCACUUAAUCCAGACGUCGUCUAUGCAUACUUGACCGACCCAAAACGCCUCAGUUAUUGCUUCGUCACGUUCUUCGUUGUGCUUUUACCUUGCUUCGCUGCGAUUUCGCUGCUUGCUUAUCGCUCAUUACUAGUCGUUGCUCAAAUAACAUACAGUGAAACCUGCAACAUGGAAACUUUGAUACCGUAA